CCGGUGCCGCGGCGGCCGCCGCACAGCUGGCGACGCCUGCGCGAAUCCAGCGGUAGGCGACGGGUAUGCUGCACCGCCGGCGAGCAAGGUGCUGGCGACCCCGACCCCUUCUAAAGUCCGAAGGACGGCUCGUAGUCCAACCUCAUCGCGCGAAGGAGCAAGCCGGCCGCGCCGCACGGUGAUGGCCGGCGACGCGUUGGUCAGAGCACGCUGCUUCCGAAGACACCGCAUCUCCUGAUCGACGAUUGUUUAGUUUUUUGGGCUACCUCGUCGCCAUGGCCGCUACCAUCGCCCGCAUCCCGUCCGAGCCGCGCUACAUCGACAGCUUCUUCUACAAGUACGCGCUGUCCGUCGCCGCCGCAGCUGUGGCCGAGACGACAACCUACCCACUGGACAUCGUGAAGACGCGACUGCAGGUCCAGGGGGAGCUGACUGCCAAGGGUCAAAUAGUCGACCGACGGGGCUUCUUCAAGACUGCGGCAGGCAUUGUGCAGGAGGAAGGCGUGCUAAAGCUGUGGAAGGGGCUGCCACCAGCCAUCUACCGGCACCUCAUCUACAGCGGCUGCCGGAUGAACUUCUACGAGAGCAUGAGGGACCGGUUCCUGCGGAACAAGGACGGAACGCGCGCUCCCCUCUGGAAGUGUGUCCUGGUGGGGGUGGCGGCGGGUGGCAUGGGCCAGUUUCUGGCCAGCCCCACAGACCUGGUCAAAGUACAGAUGCAGACCGAGGGGCGUCGUGCUCUCAUGGGACUGCCACCUAGGGUGACAGGUACUUGGCAGGCACUAAAGAAGAUUGCCUCAGAGGGCGGGAUCCGGGGCCUCUGGAGAGGGGCUGCCCCAAAUGUCUACCGGGCUGCACUCGUCAACCUUGGCGAUCUGACGACGUACGACACAGGAAAGCGGCUGCUCCUGCAGCACACGAACCUCAAGGACAACUACUUCACCCACUCACUUGCCAGUGGGAUGUCCGGCCUGAUAGCUGCAACCCUUGGCACGCCUGCUGAUGUGAUCCGCACGAGGGUCAUGAACCAGCCAACAGACAACCAGGGAAGGGGUCUGCUCUACAGCUCCCCCCUAGACUGCCUACUCAAGACAGUACGGGGCGAGGGUUUCAAGGCACUUUACAAGGGCUUCUUCCCCAUCUGGGCGCGCAUGGCACCAUGGUCUUUCACAUUUUGGGUCACGUACGAGGAGUUCAGACGUUUUGCCGGCGUCCGGUCAUUCUGAAGAUGGCCCUUGCCGACUUCUUUAGACCCACAAUCCCAUGUUCCUGCCCAUCUUUGUAGUUUUAUUUUUCAUCCUCAUAUCAGACAGAAAAAAGAAUUAUAUGGUGCGGCGCUUUGACAGAAGCUGCUGCUGGCAUAAAGCAUGCGCAGUUUUUUUUUUUACUUUUUGUUUGUUUCGGUGCUUCUUGGGACAUUUGCAAGAAACCAUGCAAGCCACCGUUUUCUAUUUUGUUGUUGUUCUUCUUGUAGUUGUUCUCGUAGUUGUUAUUGUUGCCAUUGUUUGUCGCCAUUGCUUUGGACGUGUGUGGAAGUUAGUGGGGUGAUGGCUUGGCGGGGUCAGGGCGUGCUUUGUGCGUCGGCAGACGCAUUGUCGUCGUGUUGUGAGAGCUUUUUUGUGUGCAUGCACUGCGGCUGUGAUGCUAGAGCACUAGGUGGUACGUGUGCAAAUGACAGUGCCGUUUAUAUGAAAAGAUUGUGUCACUGCGUAGAGUCAUGAUGGAUUAGUUUUUAUUGGCCGGUGGCCAUCUUUACUCAUGGGGAUGAGAAAACGGCACGACCCUAUGGCAAUUACAUUUUGGGAGCGUUUAAUGCUUUGUUUCACUCUGACGGUGAAAGGACGCUGGCAGCAGGUGCUGCUGUGAGGCUUUAUUUUCCUGCCUGUGGAAAUAUAAAUGCAAUCAUAGGGUGGCAUUGGAGCUCUGAAACGUGUGUGGUAUAGUGGUGACUGCUUAGCAAAGUUAAGGUAUGUUUCUUGCCCAAAGUGUGUGCAAUGUUUGGUGGCUGGUAAUGCAAAUGAGGUCGUGCCUUGAAGGGUUAGCAGUCGCAAGUUAGUUUACAUGCAUUUAGUUUUAUGUAUUGCGUCUUCUCUUAUCCCAAUGCGCUAUCAUUCUCUUGUGCUGUUUCUUGUGCUGAGCUAAUCGAACACGUGAUCGCACUAAAGAAAGAGUUUUGCUUGUUAUUUUGUAUUUCAUGCAACAUAGCAUUAACAUGAUCCCCUUGCCUGAUUAUACAAAGUGGCUGUAGACUUGAGUAUUUAACGCUGUAAGGGCGAACUUGUAGGCUAGAAGUGCACUCAUACAGUCAUUGUCAUACAGUGAAAAAAAAAGAAAAAUGACGCAAAUGUGAAGCAGGGUCAAUCAACUCAAGUGUCCUCUCAGAUGAGUGUUUGUCAAAAAGAUGCGAUUGUUUUAUACAGCGGAUAACUGACUGUGUAAUGUUUCACCUAUCAAAGGGUUUCAUGCUGUAUGAAAUGUUCAUGUAUCUUAGUGUUUCUGACUUAUGUGUCGAAGCAUUUGUUGCGGUACAAAAUGUUCACAUAGUUUCAAUACAAACCGUUAGCUGAAGAACAGUGGUUGUGUCCUUGUUUGUGCCAUUUUUUUUAUGCUUGAAUACUAUGUUGGUAGCACUUCCCUACAGUGGUCUUGGCUAAAGACACUUUUCAGGAGCAUGCCAGUCUGAAACAAUUCGAAGGUGAAUGCGUUGCGUUUGAGGAAGCAGGGUUAAACUCCCUUCCACAGCUGAUUCCUUGCAAAGACGUAUAAACGAUACGCCAGUUUAGUUUGUCCUUUACUACUGCUAUCCUGGAGUGUCGUUUUCACUGAAGAUCAAGUCACCAUUCAGCCAGAAGUGACCGCUCAUACAGUUUGGUUAAUGUUAAGGCCGACCACAGAUAAGGGACUUAGACGGGCUAGUUGGCUACUGGUUUGAUGAAACAUGGUUAAAUUUUCACAUGUAAGGACGCGACAGAGAGAGACUACACAGAGGACUAAGCUCAGUUGAAGUUCAGCGAUUGUCCUCUGUACAUUCAUUCUUUGUCUCAUCCUCACAAGCACCGAUUUAACCAUGUUUCAUCAAGGCCGAUCACUUUUGGGUCACUCCAGAUGGCGUCCAUUGCUUGUGCAAAAUUUCUUUAGACGAUUACGAUUGGUCAAAUCGUUCGCGCACAUUGAUAAAGCAUGAUGAAUGUGCUUAAAAAGCUGACCACAGCCAUCAUCUCAUUUCUUUUGGUCCGAGAUGCUGAUGUUGAAGAAAAGGGCGGACACAUUGAAAGUACGUGUCUAGAAGGAGGUGAAAGCUACCUACUGCUUUGAAUGGGGUCGCCAUGUGACUGCAGGCUUUUCCUGCAUGUCUUGGCGGAAGAAAAUGCAGAUUUUCUCAUAGUUUGUUAGACCAGCCACCAGCAGCACACCACAAAAAAAAAAAGCCUUGCUUUUCUUUGUUAGUCAAGUUGUUUAGUAAUACUGCUAAUUUGUUUUGCUUUGUUUAUUAACCUCUUUUGAGUUAUGCUGAUUUAUUUAGUAGGCUUGAGUUGACUGCAUUUUGCAGUGCUUUAUACUUGUUACAGAUAUACUGUAUGGAUACACUACCGAAUGUACGAAAAGAAAAAAAAGAAAGAAAUGUUGCUUCAGACAUGUUUUAAUGUUUGAUCGACCGUAUGCCAUUGAUCUCAAGGUUAUGUGCACAGCAUCUGUGUAACAUUUUAUAUGAACUCACCUGAAAAUAAAAAUUGGUUUUUAAUUGCAA